UUUUGUAUUUUUACUCAAGUGAAAGUUUAAAGGAGUAAUAUUUUAUAUCUGCUUUAACUCGAGUACAUGGUGGUAAGAUACAUACAUAUUAGAUAAUAUAGAUUUGUAGUCAUUUGGGACAAUAUGCCUAAAAAAACUACAUUUCCCAUGAAAUCACUUCCGCCUUUGCGUAAGGGCGUAAACCCAAUUGGCCGAGUCCGGCCAUAUUGGAACUUGAAGUCUUGCUAGCAACUCUGAGCAGAUCGGGUUAGGCUUUUUCCUAUUUUCUUUUAAAAUAUAUAUAUAUUUAUUUGAAAAAAUAUAUAUAUAUAUAAAAAAUCGAAUCAUAUAUUGUAUCACACGAUUAAAAAGCCCGACGUCACAGGUAAGACGCGGCGUCUUGUGGACGGAAAGCGAGCUGUCCCUCUGUUUUCUUGUGCUGCUGUCAUACAGAAUAAUAAUUAUGAGUCCGACCGACGCGAAGCGCGGAGCGAAGCGCAGGAAGAACAAGCGGGGCGGCGCGAGCGGCGCGCCAGGAAAGUCCGAGGCUUCAACCGCGGCCCGGGCUGCUCAGUCUGUCGUCACAGCCGCCUCCGCCAGGAGCUUCCUAACCACGGGGAGCGCUGGAAACGGAGACUCGGGCCUCAACGAAGAGGUCCCGGGGAACGGUACGCCGCAGUUUUCCGAAGGCCCUGUGAACUCCGACUUUUCCGGAGUCCUCCAGACCCCUUUCACUUUCGGCCUGAACCAGAGGGCGCCCUACACCACGGGGGAUCGCUGCCUGCUCUGUCGCAGCGAGCGCAAAGACACCGUUUCGCAGGAUUCCGGUCAGAACGGCACGGGCCAGUCGCCAAAAUCCUCCAGCGCCCUCCAGCUGCCUCUUUACGUCUGCCCCGACUGCAAGCGCACCGUGGAGAAGGACGAGCGGCAGCCCCCUCCUGACCAGACCUCCAUGAGUCAGGACUUUUUGUUACGUAUGCCGGUGGGUAACGGUGGAUUGAGCCAGGACCCAGCGGGCCCCAACGCAAGGCUAAUCGUCGGUGCUCCCACUUUACCCACGCCGGACCUCAGCACACCCAUCUCCACAGACACUGUGUGUGGCUGUGAGGCAUGCAGCGAAAGGAGGGAGAUCACAGCCGAGUCGGAGCGAGAGUCUCAGCAGCUGCAGAAUCACUGGUCCGAGGUGCGCUAUUUGGUGCGCUGCAUCUACCGCCAGACCGGCACACCGCUGGCCGACGACCAGGACCAGCCUCUAAACCGGGACAAGGAGAGCAUGAAGGAGCUGGUGGACAGGCUGUGUGAGAAGGACCCGUACCAGCUGUACCAGCGGCUUGAGCAGCAGGCCAGAGAAUACGUCUUGGAGAUGAAGGUCCGGCUCCUGAAGCACCUUUCGGCGGGACCCGAGGGCCCAGGGGCCACACAUGGCCCUCCACAGGCGCAUCAGUUCAUCUCCUUGCUUCUGGAGGAGUACAGUGCACUCUGCCAGGCAGCCAGGACCAUCAGCAGCUUUCUGCUCACACUGGAGAACGAGCACCUCAAGAAGUUCCAGGUGACGUGGGAGCUGCACAACAAGCACCUCUUCGAGAGUCUGGUGUUCUCCGAGCCCAUCCUGCACAGCAGCCUGCCGACUCUCGUCGCUCAGCUCAAACAGGGCACGGCGUCUCACGACUCGUACAGCGAGGGCAUGUACAAGGCACUGCUGGACAGUCUGCACGCCCUGGAGCAGGAGAUGAAGGCCGUAGCGGUGGAGUGGAUGGAGUGCCGCAAGAGGAUAGACAACUACGUGGACGAGCAGUUACUUUUUAAAGUGGAUGGACAAAACCUCACGAAUCAGCACACCGAGCCGCACAAGUCUCUAAUCAGUAAAAAUAUGUCUUUACGAACCAAGCAGCGGAUGCUUAAAGAAGACGGCGAGAUCUUCAAACAGAGGAGGUUUUUUGAGGAGCAGUUCCUACAGAACAGUAAGAAGUUUCUAGCAGGAGACAGCACAUUUACAGACACGGUCAAGCAGAUGCUCUCGUCUCGGCUCAGCAUUCCAGACUGUCCCAACUGCAACUACCGCAGAAGGUGCACCUGUGACGAUUGCAGCCUCUCUCACAUCCUCACGUGCGGAAUCAUGGAUGCCCCUGUAGGGGAGGAACUUCACCUGAAGCUGCCACUUCAGGCUGAGCCUCCUCGAGAUUACCUUUCAGAGGUUCAUCCUCCAAGCAUGUCUUCGGGAAGCUCCGGCUCUGGCUCUGGCUCCGGGUCUGCCUCUAGUUCCCCGAUCACUGUCCAGCAGCAUCCACGCCUCCUCCUGCCCCAAGACAGGGCACCUACAUUUGGCAGCGACGACGACGAUGAUGAAGUGCCUGCGCUGCCAUCCAUCUACCCCCUGAGCAGGUACGAGGACGCCGGAGUGGUGGCGAGCAUGAACGGCAUGCACGCUCAGCUCAACGGAGGCGGAGAGAACACGGUGCUCAAACACGAGCCUCCACGUGGGAGCAGCAGCAGUUCCUCUGAGGGAGAUGAUGAGGAAGUGGAGGGUGAGAGAAGCACUCAGCCUUUGAGCCAGCAGGGGGAGCUGUCCUGUGGGAAGAGAGACAGUCCUCCUCCUUCCUACUCGCAUGCACAGGUGGAGCAGGUGCAGGACCCAUGCGAGUGUCACGUGUGUAACCAAAGCAGCAUGGACGGCGGUACAGCAGGACUGGGCACUGCCGCUCUUCCUCCUCGGCACCUGCACACUCCACCCCAUCAGUUCUUCACAGACAAGAGUCCGGCUCACCCUGCGCUCCACCUCUACCCCCACAUCCACGGCCACCUGCCCAUGCACAACCUGCCCCAUCUGCCCCGGCCGCUGCUGCCCACACUGUACUCCAGCCCUCCCCUCACACAUAGCAAGACUCUCCCACCAGCACCAGUAUCCAAUCACACAGGACUAAAGCAGCAUCAGCAGCAGCAUCAGCAGGUGUUCAGCCCGGCUCUCCCCGAACACGUGUACCAAAGCUGCUUCAGUGGUGGAGCCGGAGACUGGAGCGCUUCCCUGUCCUGUCCCUCGCUUAAAUUCGAGAACCUCUGGGACACACACAUGAUGAAGAACUGGAACCCAAACGUACUACUGCAGGAGCCGCUACCCGGGUUAGACUCCGCCCCUCCCGCCCCUAGCUCCUCAUGCCUUCCGGCUCCUGAGGGCAAGGAGAAGAAGAGCAUCCCUCAGAAGAAGAAGUGUCUGUUUAACUACCAAGAUGCCUUCAUGGAGGCGGGCGAGGUGGUCAUGGCAACGUCCUCAGCCAUCUCCUCAGUCUCCAGCACCGCCACCACUGUCCAGUCCAGUAACAAUCACAUCCACGCUUCAGCUAAAAGAGCCGCGGCGCUUGGUGAAGUUUUCCAUAAUAUAGUUAAAGAGGACCAUAUACAAUCCGGCCCCCAUGCUCCUAGGAACAGCCCCACCGGUUUGCCCUCCCUGCCCUCCUUCAGCAGCGCCGCCCACCCGGUCAUCCCCAGCACACAUCUCCCCAGCAUUGCUACUCAGCCCUUAACAAAGACUGCAGCUCCUGCCCCGGGGUUUUUAGAUGCCCACCAGACGCUGUGUGUACCCGGGGUGGAGCAGCUGUCCGUCCCGGCGGAGGGGCCAGUGAGUGGGCCGAGCAGUGUGUGCAGCGAUCCGGACUGCGAGGGUCACCGGUGCGAGGGAGGCGGAGCCUAUGAGCACCAGGCUUACGAAGAAAGUCCGGACGAAGACAGCAGCUCCGAACACAGCUCCUCCACCUCCACGUCCACCAAUCAAAAAGAAGGAAAAUAUUGCGACUGCUGCUACUGUGAAUUCUUUGGCCAUGGAGGGCCUCCUGCAGCUCCCACUAGUCGAAACUAUGCUGAGAUGCGGGAGAAGCUCCGGCUGCGCCUCACCAAGCGCAAAGAGGAACAGCCCAAGAAGGAAGAGCUGGAGCGCGACGGGAUGGAGGACCACCGCAAAGUGGAGGAUCUUUUGCAGUUCAUUAACAGCGGCGGCAACAAACCCGCCACCAGCGCCAAAGCGGCCAAACGUGCACGGCACAAACAGAAGAAGCUUGAGGAGAAAGCACGUCUGGAGGCAGAGGCGCGCGAGCGGGAGAUGCAGCAGCAGCAGCUUUUGGAGGCACAGCAGCGGCACCAGGAGGAGGAGGAAGAAGCGCUUAAGCAGGAGCUGCUCCGUCUGAAGGAGAUCCAGCAGCUCCAUGCCUCGUCCACCACCACUAACAACACAUCCACCUCCAAGAAGAAAAAGAGGGACAACAAGGCCAAAGAAGCUCCAACCUCAACAGCCAAGCCUGAAAGGUCGUCUCCGUCACCCGCUCCCACUAACAACCCCCAGCCGCUACGCCAGAGUGCACAGAACGUUCUGGAAAGCAUGCAGAAUGGCAAAGCGCAGCUGCUACACGGCUUUGUCCGUCUCAAAGAGCCCGUUAAAGAGCCCGUUAAAGAGCUCAUACCUCUACCCCAAGUCAAAACUCAUCCAUCAAGCCCACGACGCGGCAGAGAAAAGCCUGCUGAAGUUUUGCCUUGUCUGGUGCACUCAGAACCCAGCGGCAACAGGUUGAAACCCAAACAGCAGCACAACUGCACCUCCAGAAUCAACGGCGAGGCCGGAAAACGACCGCACGACCCGCCCCGAGCAACAGAACCCACCCCCAAACCAGUCCCACCACACACAGACAGUAAAGUCAAGGCCAGACCAGUUGAGGAGCAGCUCUCUGAAUCCAAGAAAGAAGAGAGGACAAACGGGAAAAGGCACCAGAACGGAGUGAAAGAGGAGAGGAACUCGCCCGAGCCUCCGACCGUCGAGCAGAACGGUAAAGCCGUAGCAGCCGAGUCUCCCCAGCCCAAGAGCAAGGCCAAGAAGAACAAGAAGAAGAAGGCAGACAAGAUGAAUAACUCCAUAGACGACGUGUUCCUGCCCAAGGACAUCGACCUGGACAAUGUCGAUAUGGAUGAGACCGAGCGUGAGGUGGAAUGCUUUAAAAGGUUCUGCUUGGACUCUGCUCGCCAGACGAGGCAGAGGCUGUCAAUCAACUGGUCCAAUUUUAGCUUGAAAAAGGCCACGUUUGCGGCUCACUAACGAGAAGACGAGAGGAGAUCCUCGUCAGGAUUCAAUCAGCGAUCCUCUCUUUCUUUCUCUCUCUGUCUCUCUCUCUCUGUCUCUCUUAUCACCAGGCUGACUGCUGAUCCCAGUGCUGCUACGCUCCAACCAGCUACUCCGUCGACCUACAUUACCCACAAUGCCUUGCCUUGUCCUUGCCGCUGUAUGGGUCCUCAAAAGAAUCCAGACACUGAGCUUUGCAGUACUUAAAGGAGGAGGAAGAGGAGGAGGGGGGAAAAAAAAGGACAGACAGGGGGGGGAAAAAGUAAACAACCCCAAAAUGCCACUCUACCGUUCUCGUUUUCUUCCAUUUCGAAUACGUCCCUGAGGUGGCAGUCACUCCUCCUUUCAAAAAAAAUCCUCUCCUUGUGUUCAGGUGGAGGCCACACGAAUCAUCCAAACAAGAAAAUAAAUCUGAAGUUGUUAAGAAGUGAAAAAAAGAGCCUUUUAUUCCCAGUGUUUGUGGAUGCGAACGGAUUUUGCACUUCAUUACAGUUAGCUGAGAAGGGAACGGGACUAGGGCACUUGAACCCACUUCCCUUGGCCGCUUGGUCCACCACCAGGAAGAUGGCAAAUACUUGACCGAAUGUUCAUGUUGGGUUUUUCAGUUCCAGAAAACAACUGUUCUGUAGUGUUAGGGUUUUUUUUUUUUUUUUUUCCAGUUCUGUUCUUUUUUUUUUUUUUUUUUUUUCUUUGGUUCAUCCUGUAGCCAGCUUGUAUCAGACUACUUUCAGAAUCGAACUGAAAGAAAAGAACAAUACUCACACUAUCGAUCUGUUAUAGAGUGUAUAUUGUAUUAACACUGAAGCCUGACUGGCUACUUUUUAACAUAUUGUUAAGUAAUAUUAAAAAUCUUGUCUUUCUUUUUUGAAAGAUGGAAUACAGUGGAAUGGCAGGGCUA